AUGCGCCUGCGCUCAGCUGCCUGGGCGGGCUGGGAGGCGCGGGUUGAAAAGUCUCGUUCCAAGUUUGGAGAGAGAGAGAAGAGCGCCUCAGACCUCGGUACCCGUAAGCGGGGAGGAGGUGAGAGAGAAGGACGCAGCGUCUGGGGAGCACCCAGGCUGUAAGACGGAGCUCAGGCUUCGAGAGCUAGAAGUGUGUGACGUGCCUGGGAAAGGCAGGAGUGCCUGCGGUUGGGCUGCUCUUGGCUAGCAAGGGGAGUCCGAGGAGGCGGCGAGGGGCGAACACCCGACGCAAGAUGGCGAGUAAAGAGAUGUUUGAAGAUACUGUGGAGGAGCGUGUCAUCAAUGAAGAAUAUAAAAUCUGGAAGAAGAAUACACCGUUUCUGUAUGACCUGGUUAUGACCCAUGCUCUUCAGUGGCCGAGCCUUACCGUUCAGUGGCUUCCUGAAGUGACUAAACCAGAAGGAAAGGAUUAUGCCCUUCAUUGGCUAGUGCUGGGGACUCACACAUCUGAUGAGCAGAAUCAUCUUGUGGUUGCUCGAGUCCAUAUUCCGAAUGAUGAUGCACAGUUUGAUGCUUCCCACUGUGACAGUGAGAAGGGUGGCACAUCAUAUUGGCAGCCAGCCAUGACAGCUGAACUCGGGACCCCCGUAAUGAAAUCAGAAUUUGGUGGCUUUGGUUCUGUAACAGGAAAAAUUGAAUGUGAAAUUAAAAUUAACCACGAAGGAGAAGUAAACCGUGCUCGUUACAUGCCGCAGAAUCCUCACAUCAUUGCUACAAAAACGCCGUCUUCUGACGUGCUGGUUUUUGACUAUACAAAGCACCCUGCUAAACCAGACCCAAGUGGAGAAUGUAAUCCUGAUCUUAGGUUAAGAGGCCACCAAAAGGAAGGCUAUGGUCUUUCUUGGAAUUCUAAUUUGAGUGGACAUCUCUUAAGUGCAUCUGACGACCAUACUGUCUGUCUGUGGGAUAUUAAUGCAGGACCAAAGGAAGGCAAAAUUGUGGAUGCUAAAGCGAUUUUUACUGGCCACUCGGCUGUUGUAGAGGAUGUGGCCUGGCACCUGCUGCAUGAAUCAUUGUUUGGAUCUGUUGCUGAUGAUCAGAAACUUAUGAUAUGGGACACCAGGUCCAACACCACCUCCAAGCCGAGCCACCUGGUUGAUGCGCACACCGCUGAGGUCAAUUGCCUGUCGUUCAAUCCCUACAGCGAGUUCAUUCUCGCAACUGGCUCUGCGGAUAAGACUGUAGCUUUAUGGGAUCUGCGUAAUUUAAAAUUGAAACUCCAUACCUUCGAAUCUCAUAAAGAUGAAAUUUUCCAGGUCCACUGGUCUCCACAUAACGAAACUAUUCUGGCUUCAAGUGGUACUGAUCGCCGCCUGAACGUGUGGGAUUUAAGCAAAAUUGGAGAAGAACAAUCAGCAGAAGAUGCAGAAGAUGGGCCUCCAGAACUCCUGUUUAUUCAUGGAGGACACACCGCCAAGAUAUCAGAUUUUAGUUGGAACCCCAAUGAGCCUUGGGUCAUUUGCUCGGUGUCCGAGGAUAACAUCAUGCAGAUAUGGCAAAUGGCUGAAAAUAUUUACAAUGAUGAAGAGUCAGAUGUCACAACAUCGGAACUGGAGGGGCAAGGAUCUUAAACCCAAAGUAUGAGAAACGUUUCUAUUGAAUGUAAUGCUACACAAAUGCUUGAUUUAUCAAGCGCCAAAAUGGCAUUGUAUAGUAGAAAGUCUAAGUGGGGUGGCAUAUGGCGUUCUUUACCUUCUGAUCCUAGCACUUUUCAAGUGAGCUAUUGCGUACUGUAUCAUAUUGUAGCUUUUAGGGAAGAAAGGAAUGUUGCUUAAGAAAGAUCAUCAGCCAUUGUUUUAAAAUACAGUAGCAGGGUACUGCCUUUGAUUCAACUAUUUUAAGUCCUUGUUUUCUCAAACUAAGUGCUUGCUCUUCCUAAAUAUGCAAGAAUAAUUAACUUUUACACUUUUUCCCUCCAACACUUCUUGAUUGGCUUUGCAGAAAUAAAGUUUUAAAAUAAA